AGUAUGAGGGGCGCGUUCUCUAAUUUUACUGAAACUCGAGGGUAUGGAAUAUAAUUUUAAUUCCGUAAAAGUAUUCAAAGUUCAGACAACCCAACGUUGCCACGUGGACGAAGACAAUAGAUGGGCCCUUGUAACUCUCCACUAGUUCCAACUUCCAACCUCCAUAAAUCCCACCAAAACCGGACGGCUCUUUCCCAAAUCAGCUACCCUUUUGGUCCUUUCCGAAGCUCCAUCUCCUCCUUCAGAAACCCUUCUGUUCCCGAUCGUCAAACGCGUAACGCAGCAUCAUCAAUGGAGAAAACCGGACAAAAAGCGGCGGAUCACUACGUCGAGGUGUGCAGCAACGAGGACGGCUUUCUCGGCUCCUACUUUCUGGCAAGAGUGAUCGGCAGCGUGGCCGGCGGCGAGAAGCUGCGCGUGGAGUACGCGACGCUGUUGGACGACUCCGGCAAGGCGCCAUUGAAGGAGGUCGUCCGAGCUUCGCAUGUCCGCCCUUUGCCGCCGCAGGUUAGGGUGUCGAGAUUCGACGUGCUGGACGAGGUCGACGCCUACGACCUUGACGGCUGGUGGGCCGGUAGGGUUACGGCGAGGAAGGAUGAUUUCAACUACGUUGUGUAUUUCGAUAGUUCGGGAGACGAGUUUGAUUACCCAGCCUCUGAUUUGAGGGUUCAUCUUGAGUUCGACAAUGGCCGCUGGGUUUCUUCUGUGAAAGGAUUUGAUAUGUACAAGGAGUAGAGUGGUGAUGAAAAGCCAGGCUUGUGUUGUGGGUUGUGUUCCUAUGAGUCCACAAUUAAUUUAAUGUAAUUUUAAUUGGAGUUAUGAUCCCAUUCCCAUCAAUUAACAGCACUACACCCAACACCUCUCAAUUCAUCCAAACCUUUUUUGCCUUUUGAAUUAUUCAAUUUUUGUUGGGUGUCUAACUCUUACUCCUCAAUGCCUUCAAUGGGAUGCUAACAUCUUAAUGGUGGGACCAUUAUGAGUGCUAACCUCUAUGGUUUAAAGGUGUCUUUUGGUGUUUUUGAGUUUUUAGUUUUGAAACGUAAACAAAUAUUUUUAAGUUAUUUUUAUAAUUUUAAAAUUUUUUUGAAGUCGUAUUUCUAUUUUCGUUUCGUAUCGUAUUUAUUUUUUUUAUUUUUAUUUCUGUAUAACUUAACUUAGUAGGAAUUGAGUCUUUAAUCUUGUGAGCUAGAGAUUAUAAGUUAGAUUCUGUCAACGUUCAGAUUUAGCUGAUCGUGAUUUAUAAACUCGUAAUGAGAAAAUGAGCUGAAAUAUAAAGAGGAAGAACUAAGUAGAAGCAAAGACAAAAGGAUUUUACAUGAUUCAGCCAGAAAGAUGCCCACUCUAUGAUUAUUCUCUAGUUAUUCUGACAGAGUAAUAAUAUGGUAUUAUCCGUUCCCCCUACAAUGGUGUUGUUAACCCUUAUUUAUAGUGAGAGGUGCUUACAAUUGUAUAAAAUAUAAAAGUGUAGAGAUGAUAUCAUGGGGGAUAAGAUGUCCUUAUCAUCUCCAUAAAAUCGAGAAUGGGGCUUCUUAUUAUCAAGGAUCUAGUUUGUCUCACAAAAAUAGAU